AUGGAUUCCAACCACACCAUCCCCAACACAACGGGGCCGUUGUCCACGACAGAUACGGCCAUGUUGGAGGUCCUAGUCCCUGGCUAUGGCUUCAUAUCACGCAUUUUGAUGUCCUACCUCAAUUUCGAUAUCAGCGCCUACCUGCAAGUCCUGGUCGGACUCGCUGUCUUCGGUGCAACUGCUCGAUACACUUUACUCGUCAUUUGGGAGCACUUCAAUGAAUUGUUCGUGUCAAGAGCCGAGAUUCGCCUGGACGACGAGACAUUCAAUUAUUUAAUGUAUUGGGUCUCGCGCCAGCCGCACAUGAAACAUACAAAUCGAUUCGUCGCAGGCGUCAAAACCAACAGUUACUGGAGCGACAAUGAAACUGACAACGAGGACCUCGACAGAGACGAGGACGAUGAGGAUGAGAUGUUCAACGGAAAGAAAAGCGCAUCUUUCGAUUCGUACUGGGCCAAGGUUACCAUUCGAGACAAGUACAAGAAGAUGCGGUUUACACCCUCUGAAGGCUGCCAUUACUUCUGGUACAAGAACCGACCGCUCAUGCUCGAGCGCGAACACCGGGAGGGAGGUAAUUGGUACAUCAUGAACAACGAGCGGAUCUUCAUAUCAUGUCUCGGUCGGAACCCCGCAAUUUUGAAAACACUUCUAGCUGAGGCCCAGCAGGCGUAUGUCGACCGGGACAGGAACCGCACGGUAAUCUACCGCGGGUCGCGGUUUGCCGCCGGCCAAUCUUUCAGCUGGUAUCGCUGUAUGGCGCGGUUACCACGUCCUCUUUCGACUGUUAUUCUUGAUCAAGCACAAAAGGACGACUUUCUCGAUGAUAUCAAGGAAUACCUGCACCCUCGCACGCGGCGUUGGUAUACCAACCGUGGAAUUCCGUAUCGGCGUGGGUACCUUCUACACGGUCCUCCGGGGACUGGCAAGACGAGUUUAUGCUUUGCAGCAGCUGGACUCCUUGGACUGAAACUCUACUUGCUUGAUCUGAACUCUACAGCCUUGGACGAGGAAAGUCUUUCGUUACUAUUCUCGGAACUGCCCCGUCGAUGCAUUAUCCUACUUGAAGAUGUUGACUCAGCAGGUAUUACAAAGGCUCGGGCUCCCACAUCUGCGUCUACAUCUACUUCAGAUACCCCCGCGAGUGAUGCUACCCCCAAGGAGGGCAGCGCCGAAGCGGAUAGUACAGCCAGCAAAGAUGAUACCAAGAAAGGCGGAAUUACACUUUCAGGACUUCUGAACGUGAUUGAUGGUGUUGCAGCUAGUGAGGGACGAAUCCUCAUUAUGACUACCAACCACGUGGACAAGCUCGACCCGGCUCUGCUCCGUCCUGGCCGUGUCGACAUGAAGAUUAGCUUUGGGUACACAAGCGAAGCAGACACCAAAGAGCUUUUCACCUCGAUCUACGGAACGAUGCACAACGACAUUACGCGUGGCGGAGCCCCAACAACCCACACCAAUGGCAGCAAUGGUUCAGUCAAGUUGCCAAAAAGCAGCAUUGCUGGUAAUAUCGCCAAGGAAAAUGGCGAGAUUGUCGAAAAAUCUGAGGAGAGUAACGGGGAUGUGGAGAAGGAUAAUGCCGAAGACUUGCAGGGUCUCGUAUCCCUCCGGUCUCGCAUCUCGGAUUUAGCGUCUGAAUUCGCUGCUAUUAUUCCGAGUGGAGAGUUUACAGCUGCGGAGAUCCAGGGAUAUCUUCUCAAUCACAAGGAGAAACCAGAGGUAGCGAUUCAGGGUGCAGCGGAGUGGGUGCAAACGGCGCGGGAGAAGAAGCGUGCUAUUGAGGGAGAGGGAGAGGCCAAGACCGAAACCGAAAAGGAUGAAGCUUAG